GGUAAAUAGACGGAAGUCAUCUUACUUUGUUCAAGAUGUUGGUUGUUUGAUGAAUUAAGAAUAAUUUAAGUGACCAAGUUACGAAGAUGUCCAACCAAAGUGCACGCUUGUACCGCUUGAGUGAGGAGUGCCUCACUCGUCCGCCAGAUGAAGUUUUCGACAUUGUUGGCAAGCUCGGAGAAGGUUCCUAUGGCAGUGUGUUCAAAUCUCUGCACAAAGAGUCUGGGCAGGUGUUGGCGAUCAAACAGGUUCCCGUGGAUACCGAUCUGCAGGAAAUCAUCAAGGAAAUAUCCAUCAUGCAACAGUGUGACAGUCCGUAUAUCGUCAAGUACUACGGGAGUUAUUUCAAGAACACUGACUUAUGGAUCGUCAUGGAGUAUUGUGGAGCAGGUUCAGUGUCCGAUAUCAUGAGACUACGAAACAAAACUCUAAGUGAAGAAGAAAUAUCAACAAUCCUGUCCUACACAUUAAAGGGUCUCGAGUACCUCCAUUCGAGACGGAAGAUCCACCGUGAUAUAAAAGCUGGUAACAUUUUGCUGAACACGGAAGGUCAUGCAAAGCUGGCUGAUUUUGGAGUGGCCGGACAACUCACAGAUACCAUGGCAAAACGAAACACUGUGAUAGGCACACCAUACUGGAUGGCCCCUGAGGUGAUACAAGAAAUAGGCUAUGACUGUGUUGCAGAUAUAUGGAGUUUAGGUAUUACAGCUUUAGAAAUGGCCGAGGGUAAACCGCCAUAUGGUGAUAUUCAUCCCAUGAGGGCAAUAUUUAUGAUCCCGACAAAGCCGCCUCCAUCAUUCAGAAAUCCUGACAAGUGGUCGCCAAAGUUCAUUGAUUUUGUCUCCAAGUGCUUGGUGAAGAACCCGGAGAACCGGGUAACAGCUGCAGAACUAUUGGAGCACGAGUUUAUCAAGCAGUCAGAGAACUGUGCGGUGCUGCAGAAGAUGAUUGUGGAGGCGAAGGAGAUACAAGAUGCGCAGGCCAUGGUGUCCCUCAAUGGAGAUGAUUCGGGUGAUGAAGAUGAAGCUGAUGGAACGAUGGUGAAGAAGACAGAUGACCCAGAUUCCGGGACAAUGAAACCUCUCAGUGACACAGAUACGCUUGUGUCGAGUGAGAGUGGAACGGUGGUUGUGAACAGUGAAGCGAGUACGCUGCAGUCGGAACUGGGUACCAUGGUGAUCAAUGAAGAUGAAGACAGUGAUGAUGGUACAAUGAAAAGACACAACACAUCAACUGCAGGUAAAGAAAAAUACCGUCCUGCCUACCUCGAUCACUUUGAGCGUAAGGAACAGGAGGAGAAAUCGCGCGCGUCACAUUCGCAGCAGCAGGCCGCACUCAGACCUCUACAACAACAACAACAGAAGCAGAUCACCCCCCCUCACCACUUCCAGAGAUCUUUCAUGGAUGGAGACUUUGAAUUCCUGAGGAAUUUAGCCUAUGAGGAGCUGGAAUCCAGGCUGGUUGACCUUGAACCUGAAAUGGAGCGUGAGAUCGAGGAACUCCGCGCCCGGUACCAGGCCAAGAGACAGCCCAUACUGGAAGCAAUCGAUGCCAAAAAGAAAAGACAACAGACAAUUUGAUAGUUAAAUCAUAGUUUAUGGAAAUCUCUUUACUUCGCGAUGAACCUGGUACAUUCUGGAAGAAGACAAUCACUUACUGGUUUCCCUGUCUCCUGCUGGACAUGAGUCGUCUACGGUUUUCAGCUCGUUUUGUGGGCUGCAGUAAUGUGGAAGCACUGACUGGCCUGUAGCAACAGAAACUUGUAUGCCUUGUUGUCAUCAGGAGAAGAAACAGUAUAAUAUAUCGCUGCUGGUACUUGUUUGUGGCAAUAAAACCAGCUUAUUAAUGUGUCCCACAUCAUCUUAACACACAACAAACUGGCCUCGCUAGUAUUCUUCCAUAUCCAACAUAUUCAAAAUUGGCGAUUAUUUCAGACUUAUAUUCAAACAUUAGUAUGAAUCAAUCAUAUUUAGCCCGGCUGUAAAAUGGGUAGUUUGCCAGACCAAAUAAGUGGCAGGAAUGUCGGCCAAUUUCGACCCCUGCAUUUAAUCCUGCCAGAUGGUCUGCUCCGACCAAAUAAUAACAAUUGAUUUUUAUCAAGAUGCUCUUCUCCCAGACAGGACAGCACAUACCACAGCCUUUGCUGUAUCAGUCAUGGGACUGAGACUGGUCCACUGAGGGCAGUCAUUCCUGUGACCUGUUGUACAUCAGUCUAGCAAUGUAGCACUGAGCUACAUCCCACCCCUCUUUAGCUCUGAUAACCAAAGAACAUAUAGUACUGCACCUUAACUGGUGUUUUCACACGGGCUAAGUGGUCUAGCUUGUGGUUAAUAGUUCUGCGGAGUAAAGUGAAAGUGUCCAGACUUUUUGUUUUAAAAUAAAGUACAUGGCAAAGUAGUAACGGAAGAAGGCAUACCCACCUGGUCGAACCUUGCAUUCUACUAAAAUUGUAUCAAAUAUAUUGGAAAAUGGUAGGACAGAAAACAAUUUAACUGGCUUCAAGCUGAAAAUUAAAAAGAAUGUUUGAUUUUUUUUUUCAUUUGGUACCACUGUUUAUGUAAAUGGAAGUGGCAGAUAAGCAAAAACUUCACAAAGAAACAUCACUGUCUCUUGUGCAUGUGCAUCUCCAUCAGUUAUCCGGAUCAAGGUGGUUUCACAAGAGAUAAGCAAGGCUUAUUACAUAAUAAUGAUGGUGGAUUAUGGUAGGCAUAUUCCAUAAUUAUUGUAACCAGUGUACACACCUGAUCCACAGUGGUUGAAAUACUGCUGUGCAAACCGGUUUUUGCCAUGUAACAUCACCAAGGGCUGGACGAUAUUUUAACCCCCCAUCCCUGUAGUAGUUUUUGUGCAUUUUUUCUCACAAAUAGGUUAAUUUUCUUUUUAUUAUAAUAUUUAAUCAUGUCUCGUCCGGCUGAGUUUUGUUUGGGGUGGCGUAAUUUGUAGCUUGCUGGACUAAAUAUCUGGCAAGAAUUUCAGCCAGUUUCGACCCCUGACCCACUUUACACACCUUAUCCAUGGUGGAUAAAUGUGUUGGUUUCAGCUGGUUACAGAGUAGACAGUUAUAUACAAUAUUUUUUAGAUUAUGACAUUUAAACAAAUGACCAGGUAUUCAGAAAAGUAACCCACAAUAAAGAUGGACACAUUUGCUCUUGGUGUAAGAGUUGCAGUUUUAACUCUUGACAUACUUCAUUAACAUUGUUAGCUAAAGUUAAUACAUAACAAAAAAAUUGUCAUCUGUUAUUUUGUUGGUACAGUGGCUAAGUUUAGAAAUAUAUUACUUUGAUACAAAUAUUUGAUUUGAUAAAAGGAAUGUGUUUGGUGAUAUUUAUCUUUAUGAGUUAAUUAUUAUAAUGAAUUUGGAAAGAAGUUUACUUUCAUUUUUUAAAAAUUUAUUUAAAGUUAUGAUGCAGUGAACAGUGUAGAGGUUUUUGUCAACUUGUACAUACUGUUUUCAAUCUGUCACUGGUUAUGACAUUUUAGUCUUACAUGUCGUGUCAAUGACAAGAAGUGAAAUGCAAGAUGUGAAUUAAUAAUGAAAAUAAAACCCUAAAUCUAGUUAUAUUAAAACUAAAAUUCGGAUCUGAAAAUUACAAGAAUGAUCAUUUUGUUUGUGUAUCACUAGUGCAAGUCUAUUUUUGUGAAACACAUUUAUUUGUUUGUAUAUUAAAUUUAGGACAUUCUGAUGGGUUGCACAUGUUAUGUGAAUUUGUUUUUUGUGUAGCUCAUAAAAGGUUAACUCCAAUUUUCAGUUCUCAGAGGCUUGCUUGCAAAAGAUAUAUCGCACAACAUUUAAAAUAAUGUGGAAAAUAAUUUAAAAUAACAUAAGAAAUUGCUUUGUAAAAUUAACAAUUUAGCCAUUAAUAGAAAAUAUAUUUGUUUAAAUAUAUUAUAAAAAACCCCAGUAGUAUACUUUAUAAUUGCAUAUUAACUAAGGACAAAAUAGUAAUCUCAUGACAUUAUUUCAACAUGUUUUCAGUUUAAUUCAAAUCUCAAUGUUACCCAGCAUAUCAUUUUACUUGAAGCUUUUUAUAUAUCAUUUGUUGGGCUGGUGUUUGGUGUCAGGUCUUCUACGUUGUUUGUGGACGGCGACAUUGCCCAAUGGCAAAACAUAGUAACUCACUUUUUCGUCAGACUUGUAACUCACUUUUUCGUCAAAUGUACUAUGUAAUGAAGGUCAUCUUUGAAUGAAUUAUUGCACAAUUGAUUUGCAGCUAGUGUGUUUACCAUUGGCAAAACCAUGCAAGGCCAUGGAAACUUCAUUAGCAUGAAACCAGAACCCAUGACAUCCAGUAAUCAAGUCAAUUUUGCACAAACAAUAAAUGUUAAAAUUGUCUUUUUGAAGUAAUAACCUUGUUGUUGCAAUGAACCAGUCCUUAGUUGGGCACAACUUAACUACUUGUCGUUUUUCUCAAAACAUGUGAGUUCAUAAGUUUUGCUGUAAAACUGCAAAACAUUUUAAUUUUGUGUUGAAAGUAUUAAUCAAAAUCACCAUUUAUCCAUUUUGUUGUCUCAUUUUACAAUGUGCUAUUAAUCUCUUAUUAGUCUUCAUCAGAUAGCAGUUAUAUUCUGUUCAAAAUAAGUAGGGAUUAUGUGAAUUACAAUAUGAAUAAGUAUGCAGUGAAAAUUUAAUUCUAUGGCCAGCCCUGAUUUCAGACCUUACUCCCAUCGAACAUGUGUGACAUCAUGGGGUGACACCAACAUUAGUGGGUCCAAGGAAUUUGACGGUUAAGUGCUGUACCACAGAUUGAGUUUGCCACAACAGAUCAUGCAUGUUUAGAGAACUACAGAGGUUCUGUUCAUUAAUAGUCCCCUACUGGUCCAACCAGGUUCUGUCUGUCAGUCUCUUGUGUUGUUUUUUCGGAAUGCCUCAAGAUAUUUAUCUGAAAUUUUGGGUAUGUAUUUUUACAAAUCAAUUUUAACUUUCAUUGCAGUUUAUCCAAUUUUCACAUAGUUAUGGUCCUUUACCUUAGAAGAUAUGAAAAUGUGUUGUGCCCGGUAGUAGAUGUGUAUUGCUUUACCAGUACUCUCAGAAUGUUUUUUAAUUCAUUUACUUGAAUUUUACACGUUUCAUCUUUCUUGCCUAUCUGGGUCUCUCAUGUGGGAUACCUCUAUAUUCUGACAUAAACAAAUGGCCAUGCCAUGUAACAGCAUUGUUCCACCUUUACCAUGCACUACUACAUGUAUUAGUAUCAAUAUUAAACUCUUCCUAUUAUAUUGACUAAUGUUUAACUGACUCCGACUUAUUUUGAACAGUAUUAUCACGUCAUGUAUCAUCAAAUUGUAAUCAGGAAAUGUGGAUGAUAGUGUAUGAUGAUUUUCAUAUAUACUGAACACCAUAAGAAAUGCUAUCUAGUUUGCAGGAGCCGUAGUUUCAUUACAGUACAUUAAUAAUUCACAUACUUUUGGAGAAUAAUUAAUUAUUUGCUUCUAAGCUACACAGAAAGUUUGUUAAUUCAUGUGAUUGUGUAUUUGGGUUUAAGCUGGAUUUAUUUAUCAUUUCUUUUGGUUGAUGUAUAAAUUUAGAUCAAGUCUGAAUGUAAACUUGAAUGUGAUAUUAUAUAAUGAUACUAUGUGUAGUAUUUGUGAGGCUGCCAACAAAUAGAAGACACUGUUUUAAAUGUCUCAUCUUUGUGAGAAGGUUCUUAUAUUUUGCCUUGCUCACUGGUUUGUAGUCAACUUUGUAAUUAGUGCACAAUCUCUCUCUCUCUCUCUCUCUCUCUCUCUCUCUCUCUCUCUCUCUCUCUCUCUCUCUCUC